AUUUGUUGGUGCUCGCAAGCCUUAGCGAUCAUGGCAGCAGUGAUGGCUCUGUGCCGGAAGGCGAUGGAGACCGUGAAGACUAAGGAGUUCCGAGAUUACCUGACCAGCACUCACUUCUGGGGUCCAGUGGCCAACUGGGGCCUCCCGCUGGCUGCCUUCAGGGACAUGAGGGCAUCACCAGACAUCAUCAGUGGCCGCAUGACGACUGCGCUCAUCUUCUACUCGAUGGCCUUUAUGCGCUUCGCCUACCGUGUACAGCCUCGCAAUUUGCUGCUGAUGGCAUGUCACGGCACCAACAUGGUGGCACAGAGUAUUCAGGCGGUCCGCUACCUGAAUUACCACUAUGGCGGUGGCACCCCGGCAACCACCACUGCUGCUGUCUCUGCCACCUCUACCGGCUCUGUGGAUUCUCCUGCCACCUCUACCGGCUCUGUGGAUUCUUCUGCCACCUCUACCGGCUCUGUGGAUUCUACUGCAGCUACCACCCCUGUAGCUGAAGACCCUAUGGCUGACAGCAACUGCCCGGAGAUCACCUGCUGUUAUCUAGUGACCUGGGACCGUGAUUGAGUGGCCUGAUCGAAUCUCUGCAGCUUCCAUGCACUGAACUAAUCUUCCUAAAGAAAAAUUAAAAAGUUUGGUUUUGACUCUGAAACAGUGCAAAUUUGAUUGAAACCUGCAGUUCGGUUAAUAAAACAUGGCAAAUAGCACAGAA